AUGGGGAUCAUUGGGCUAACUCUGAUACAGGUCUUCUUCUGCGAGAGCGCCCUCGCUCUAUUUCAACAGCAACACGUCCGGCUUCAUGCUACUCAUCAGGACCCGGCAACUGUUGGCCAACUGAACAUUCGGUCUUUGUUACUCGACACUCGUGAUCUCACCUGUCUCACGGAGACGGCAAAUUUCACUGUAACCGUCAGGGUCACAAGAGGAGCUCAGCAAACAUCAGCGCCCAUCUUUGACAGCACUGAGGCCGUUUCCGCCAUCACUACUUCGGAUCCCACCGGAACAGUAGUGAUUCUGCCAUCUUUGACUAACAAGGUGCCCCAAACGUCGGGUUUCAUACCUAGUAGCCUGGAGACCUCUGGCAAGGCAACGUCGUGCCCUCUCCUAUCAAACACCAUUCCGGUCCCCACCACCUUGAUUGACUCGACAUCACCCGUAACAACAGUUGAACCAAUUCCUUCCGCGCCAAUGCCGUCCGGAGAUAUCUUCGCGGAGCCCAUCGCCACGGUGGCGCCUCCUGGUUCUAUUCCGGUGCGCAACGACCAUCCCGUCCCGAGGAAGGGUAUUACGUCGAGCUCGCCGCUUCAGACCAACAAAUUUUACUCCAACUUCUUCCUGGGAGACCAGACAGCGCCGACGUACACCUACCCUUACGGCAUAGCAUGGGGGGCAGGGCGGGGGGCUGCUGCCAGCUUCGGCAUGACUAUUUCCCACAUCGAGGCGAACCAGCGUGUCUUUGGGCCGACCAAAUCUUCAGGCGCUGCGGCCUAUUUCAUUAACCCGGUAGGUAUUCAGUCCAUGGUCAUAAGUGCCCUGGAGCUUGGUCCAGACACCGCCGUGGGAGUCGACAGCGUCACGGCCUUCUCUGCAACAAUUCACUUGAAGCCAAACGCCCAAGCUGUGCCUGCAAUCUCCUUUCCCCUUGUUCAAGGAAUGCCCUUCAUCACGGCCCGAUAUGCCGGCGCGACCCCCGUCAUCCGAACGGGAGUCUUCUUCAAGACGGUCACGCGGGUGACACAGGACCCCAAGCCCGGGGUUGCCAAGUUCACCUUCCAGCUUGAAGAUGGCAAGAUCUGGCGGCUGUAUGCAUAUGCAACCACUGGACCCCAGCUUAAUCUGCAGGUUGUCAACAAUGGGCUUGCACAAUCAACGCAGCCCUUCUACGGCGUCAUCCAGAUCGCCAAAGAUCCGGGGAACGGCGAGGCCCUGCUUGACCACGCUGCUGGUGUAUAUCCCACAACGGUCGAUUUGGCUGGCUCCGUCAGUGGUACGACGGGCUCAUACACCUUCAAGUUCGCCAAGAGUGGCCACCCUGAGGGAAACCUUGUCAUGUAUGCUCUGCCGCAUCAUGUCGCCUCGUUCGACUCCACGACAAGAAACGCCGUUCAGCCAGUGCAGAUCUUGACUCCUACCAAGGGUACCGCAACUGCGGUCUUGGCUGAUCAGUGGACGAUGGUUGAGGCGGAAAUGCCUGUUAACAUGGAUUUUUCUCCGUGGAGUCCUGAACGAGGCAGCCUCACCACGCUGUCCGACAACGCACGAGUCGUAAUCCGCGGGAUAGCAGCCCAGGAGGUAUCCCAAGACAUGAUGGCUCAGUCCGACUUGGAUUCUAUGUAUUUCAGUGGAAAGGCUCUCGCUAAGUUUGCCUUGUUGAUCGUAGUGAUCAAUGACAUUCUGCAAGACCCAGCCUUGGCGCAGUCGGGUCUGAACAGGCUCAAGGCGGCUUUUGCAAGGUUUGCUGCUAACCAGCAGAGGUUCCCUUUAGUAUAUGAGAGCGCCUGGGGAGGCGUGGUGUCUUCGGCAACGUACGUGACGGGCAACGACGGAGCUGAUUUUGGCAACACGCAAUACAACGACCAUCACUUUCACUACGGCUAUCACAUCCUAGCCGCCGCUGCUAUCGCUCACCUGGAUCCUGGCUGGUUGAACGAGAACAAGGAUUAUGUGAAUGCUCUGGUGCGCGACGUCGCCAACCCCAGCACCAAGGACGCUUACUUCCCUACUUGGCGCGCAUUCGACUGGUAUCAUGGCCACAGCUGGGCGCAUGGCCUAUACGCUUCGUACGAUGGAAAGGACCAAGAAUCAAGUUCGGAGGACAUGAUGCACGCCUACGCCCUUAAGAUGUGGGGAGACGCCUCGGGAGACGUCAUGCUCUCGAUGCGAAGCAAUCUGCAACUCUCCAUUAUCGCACGCGCUCUCCAGCACUACUAUCUCUACAAGAGUGACAACGCCGUGCAGCCACCCCAGUUUAUCGGAAACAAGGUGGCAGGCAUCCUCUUUGAGAACAAGAUCGACCACACGACCUACUUCGGCGCUAAUAUCGAGUUCAUCCAGGGCAUCCACAUGAUCCCCCUCCUCGCGCCCUCACCUCUUGUCCGUACCCCUGACUUCGUGCGCGAAGAGUGGGACGUGUACUUUAGCGGAGGCCGCGUCGACGGUAUCGCGGGUGGCUGGAGGGGCAUUAUCUACGGAAACCUGGCUACCAUCGACGGCAGGACCGCGUGGGACUUCUUCAACAGCUCAAACUUUGAUCCCGGUUGGAUCGACGGCGGUGCCAGCUUAACGUGGUACUUGACGUAUGCUGCUUUGAUGGGCAAUGUCUGA